UAAGCUAAUGUUUACAUUUGUCAUUGAAAACAAAAAAUAUUUUAACUGUCGCUUGAUCCAAAUUAGCUGAAAGCAAAGUUUACACGAUGGAGUGUAAAGUUGAGAAUGCAGAAUUGAUUGAUGUUAAGUUGGAGGUUGAAGAUGAAGGGAUCUUGCAAGAGGAGAUAUAUGAAACUGAAAAGUUGUUCAUAAAGGAGGAACAAUUUAAACUUGACGAGCCCUCCUAUGUUAAUCCAGAUGUAGAAUAUGUUUUUAUGGAUAAGGCUAGAUAUUAUGGAUGUAUAUCAUGCAAUGCUCAUUUUUCAGAACAAUCUCAUUUAGACAAGCAUAUACUGACACACGCAAAUGAUAAGGCUUGCUUCAAAUGCAACCAUUGCAGCAAAUCGUACAUCGGUGAAGAAAAUCUAAUUAAGCAUGUAAAGGAGAAUCAUUCGAAACCGAGAAAAUUCAAAGUCAGAUACUGCAAGUUCUGCACUGCCAGACUGUCAGAUCAAUCGCUUGUGGAGCUGCACAGAAUCCAGCACGCAAAGAAUAAAGCUCAGCUGAAUUGCAAGAUGUGUGAUAAGGUAUUCAAGAGCAGGGAAUCUCUGGAUAUGCACUUGUCCAUGGUCCAUCAAGUGAACAAUGCCUACAAAUGCCAAGAAUGUUUCAAAUCUUUCCGCCUGAAGAGUCUCCUGAAGUUGCAUAAACAAACAGUCCAUGUUCCCACACAAGUUAUAAAGUAUUGAGAUUCUGAAUUUUAAACAAAUAUAGUUUUUUUUUUACUAUAUUGUAAGUGUAAUUAUCUCUAGUUUAAAGCACGUUA